CUUAAGGUACCUCUUCACCGACAUCAGGCAACAUUCGAGUCCUCCAAACACAAAAAAGCUUACCCAAACCAUUCAUCAUUAUACAACCCAGACUCUCGAAAGCUACAGGUCCAGAGAAAACAGGUAUCUCAACUUUGCCAUCUACCUUAGGCGGCAAAGCCUUCCCCAGGCCAGACACCGACAUACCCCGGAACAACCACACCAGCAAACAACAACGACAAUGACCUCGCUCCUCACUACCGCCCUCUCUACCCUCCAUUCCCUCUGCUCCUCCCUCAUCCCAACCACCAACCCCAAGCGCAUUACCCUCCUCGUCACCGGCCUCGACAACUCCGGCAAGACCACCCUCCUGCACCGCAUGCGCAAACCAGCUCAUGAACCGGGCUCCGGCUCUGGUUCAUCCCAUACACUCGCCUUCUUCCCUAUAUCUACAUCUCUAACCGAUAUUAAACUCACCACCACAACCGGCAAACACCUUGUCCUAAACCCAAUCGACCUCGGAGGCUUCUGCUAUCGCGACCACCCAGGGGGAAUCCAACAGUUAUGGCGGGAUUACCUAUAUGCUGCCGACGUGGAUGGGAUUGUGCUCGUCGUGGAUGCCGCUGAUUGGGGGCGGCUUGAUAAAGCUGGGACGUUGCUCCGGGAUCUUUUAGGGGUUCUAGGCGAGUUUGAGAGGGAGGGCCCGGGGGCUAGCAAACCGAUACCCGUGCUGGUGUUGGGGAAUAAGAUCGAUGCGGUUGGGGCGGUUUCAGAGAAGGAGUUGAGGAGGGUCAUGGGGGUUCCUAUCUGGGGUGAGAAUAAGAGAGGCAGGAGCAGGAGGGAUGCGGAGGGAAAGGGAGAGGGAGAGGGAGAAGCGACCCGGCCGGUGGAGUUGUUUAUGUGCACGGUGGUGAUGGGCCAGGGGUACCAAGAGGGGUUUGAGUGGUUAGCAGGUUCUUUAGAAUCCGAACUACUUUAGGUAACUUGUAGGUCACGGCAAAAAUUAGCCCGUAUGUGGCCACCACCUGUACAAUCUACAGCGCGGCGUGGUCUACGGUGGAA